GGCGGGGUGUGGAUGCCUUCGUUAUGGCAGCCCGCGGUCUUUCUCAGUCUUGGGCUUCCUGACGCCUCCAGCAAGCGAGGUCUCUUGGGCCGACUUCGCAGUUAUGUACCCACCGCCGGCGCCGCCGCCGGCGCCUCACCGGGACUUCAUCUCGGUGACGCUGAGCCUGGGCGAGAGCUACGACAACAGCAAGAGCCGGCGGCGGCGCUCAUGCUGGAGGAAAUGGAAGCAGCUUUCGAGGCUACAGCGGAAUGUGAUUCUCUUCGUCGUGGGCUUUCUGAUUCUUUGUGGAUUACUGUAUUCUCUUCAGACGGCUGACCAGUGGAAAGCUCUGAGUGGCAGACCUGCAGAAGUAGAGAAGAUGAAGCUAGAAGUCCUGCCUGUCUUACCAGCGCCUCAGAAGGAACGUGCUGAACCAGAAGGGUUUGCAGACAUACUCUCUCAGAAGCGGCAAAGGCAUUUUCGGCGGGGCCCUCCCCAUCUGCAGAUUAGACCCCCCAACACAGUCUCCAAGGAUGGGAUGCAGGAUGAUGCUAAGGAGAGAGAAGCAGCCCUGGGGAAGGCUCAGCAGGAAGAAAACACACAGAGAACCGUCAUCAGCUGGCGGGGAGCUGUGAUUGAGCCUGAACAGGCCACUGAACUUCCUUACAAAAGAGCUGAAGCCUCCAUCAAACCUCUGUUUUUGGCAUCCAAGAUAUGGAAAGAGCCAGCCCCCCCGAAUGAGCGCCAGAAGGGAGUGAUUGAAGCCUUUCUCCAUGCUUGGAAGGGUUACCAAAAGUUUGCUUGGGGCCAUGAUGAACUAAAACCUGUGUCCAAAACCUUCAGUGAGUGGUUUGGCCUGGGCCUCACCCUGAUCGAUGCCUUGGAUACCAUGUGGAUUUUGGGUCUGAAGCAAGAAUUUAAGCAAGCCAGGAAAUGGGUAGCCGAGAACUUAGACUUUCAGAAGAAUGUUGAUGUCAACCUGUUUGAGAGCACCAUUCGCAUCUUAGGGGGCCUGCUGAGCACCUACCACCUGUCGGGGGACAGCCUCUUCCUGACCAAAGCUGAAGAUUUUGGAAAAAGGCUGAUGCCUGCCUUCACUACGCCCUCCAAGAUCCCAUACUCUGAUGUGAACAUUGGCACUGGAUUUGCCCACUCACCCCAGUGGACUUCAGACAGCACGGUGGCAGAAGUGACGAGCAUUCAGUUGGAGUUCCGGGAGCUCUCUCGUCUUACUGGAAUAAAGAAAUUCCAGGAGGCCGUGGAGGAAGUGACAAAGCACAUCCACUCCCUGUCUGGGAAGAAAGACGGGCUGGUGCCUAUGUUCAUCAACACGAACAGCGGCCUCUUCACCCACCCAGGAGUGUUCACCUUGGGUGCCAGGGCUGACAGCUACUACGAAUACCUGCUGAAACAGUGGAUCCAGGGUGGCAAGAAGGAGACACAGUUGCUGGAAGACUAUGUUAAAGCCAUUGAGGGGAUAAAAGCACAUCUGCUUCGGCAGUCUCAGCCCAGAAAGCUCACCUUCGUGGGAGAACUUGCCCACGGCCGCUUCAGUGCCAAGAUGGACCACUUAGUGUGCUUCCUGCCGGGGACGCUGGCUUUGGGUGUCCACCAUGGCCUGCCAGCUGACCACAUGGAUCUAGCUCGGGCCCUCAUGGAGACCUGCUACCAGAUGAACCAACAGAUGGAGACAGGUCUGAGCCCUGAAAUUGCACAUUUCAACAUGUACCCUCGGGCAGAUCAUAAAGAUGUGGAGGUCAAGCCAGCUGACAGGCACAACCUGCUGCGGCCAGAGACGGUGGAAAGCCUAUUCUAUCUGUACCGUGUCACAAGGGACCGCAAGUACCAGGACUGGGGCUGGGAAAUCCUGCAGAGCUUCAAUAAGUACACACGGGUCCCCUCAGGUGGCUAUUCUUCUAUCAACAACGUCCAGAAUUCCCACAAGCCUGAGCCCAGGGACAAGAUGGAGAGCUUCUUUGUGGGGGAAACCCUGAAGUACUUGUACUUGCUCUUUUCUGAUGACCUGGAGCUGCUCAGUCUGGACAGCUGUGUGUUCAACACAGAAGCCCAUCCCCUCCCCAUCUGGGCUCCUGUGUAGGAGAAGAGCGCCUGCUCUGGGCACUGAUGGAGGCUGAGCUGGGCCUUCACAAGGCCCACAUAGUUUUGGGCAGCUGUCAAGUGUGAUGUUCCUGCCCAGUUGUAGGUCCCGCCAGUUUCAGCUUUUCAUGAAGGUGGUGGGAGGGGCAGGAGUCAGACUAGCAGGUAUGGGUUCUGGGGUUUAGGCUGGAGAGUCUACCAAGCCUUUGACUUCCUCGAAACCUCAUAUCAUGGCUCCUGAUUCCCAAACCUGAAUGACCCUGUUGGCUGGCUACCCGCAGCCCCAUGGUAGUCCCAAGACUUCUUAUCACCUCCUGGGACCACCCAGGACCCCAGUGCCUGUAUUGAGUUCAGAGUGAUAGCCCAAACCAGUGAGGUGCUGGGCAUGGCCUGUGAAAGCCCUGACUCCUGACUGACCCAUGGGUCCACUGGGCCAGUGUGACCUUGAAGGUCUUUGUGGCUCUAGUGUUUACGGGUUGGACUCAGGGAUCCUCCUGGCUACCCUACUGGGCUGGCGGGGGUUAGAACAGUAAAUUUGUCUUAUUCCCAGGA